CCAAGCGUUAUAGUCUCUUCCUCUCUCCGACUCUCUCCUUUUCUCUCUCUCCCUCUUGCAAAUUCACAGCCCUUCUCUUCAUCUUCCCCUCUCCGUCUCUCUAUCUGUUUUGUCCCGUGUUUUCACAGAGAAUAGCACACUGCCCCCUUUACCAUCCCCCUCUUAGUCUUUCUCUCUCACACUGUCAUGAACCCCCUUCACCGUCCCCUUCUUUUCUGUCCGAAAAAAUCUUCGAAUUCCAUCUUUCUUCGCCCCCUCUCUGUCAGAUGCUAGCUGCCUGUUGUGUUUUGGCAUCAUCAAGCUUCUCAUUGCUAGAGGAGCUCCAACCUCUCCCUCUACCCAGAUGUCGUACUCCAAAAGGUCAAGGUAUUCUCGCUCUCCUUCCCCAUACAGACGCUGCAGUUCACCUGUCUCAAGGUCUAUGUAAAGGUCCAACUCGAUUUCAAGGAGCUGGUCAAGGUGUCAUGAUUCAAGUGUUGAGAAUCCUGGAAAUAAUUUGUAUGUCAUGGGGUUAUCAACUCGGAUCACGAAGAGAGACUUUGAGAAGCAUUUCUCAACUGUUGGAAAGUAUUUUCGAAGUCCAACACUGAAAGCCUUUCUCAAAGCAUUUCGAAGUAUUUUGCUCCAUUUCUCAAAGCCUUUCACCAAGGUCGCACAGGAAUUCAAGGCGGAGGAGUUACUCACGCAAUGUCUCAUUAGAGCGUUCCAGGAGGAGUUACGCACGCAGGAUCUCCCCAAGGUAAUCAAGGAGAAGUUACUCUCUAAGUGUUUCCCCAUGGACAAGGAGGGCUCGAGGAGGGGCUAUUCUCGUAGCAUUUCUCCUAGACUAAGGAGAAGCUCCAGGAGGAGCAUCUCUUGUGGCUCUGCUUAUACUCUGGGUAUAGCUAUUGUUCUAGAAGCUAUUAUAGCAGAGAGGUUGCUGAGAUAGCA